AGCAAAUUGCAAUUUACUUUGUUAAAAUAGUUCACCAAUGGAACCAGUAGAAAUAGAGGAAGAGAUGUAAAAAAUAUUCCUGUUAGAUGUUGCAGCUGAUAGAUUCGGUCAAAGCAUAUUCCAUUCUUGGUCGAGACUCUAGCAACAUCGGUUGAGACUUCACAAAAAUUUCCAGAAGCUUUUACUGAUCUUGGGUGAAAUUAAUGAAGCUCAAGCGAAGCUUACUCAAUCUCCGGCGCUUCUGAUAAAUUUUUCCAGAAGUUUAUUUGAGUGUUUACUGUUUUCAGAAACUUUUUGCAAUAUUAAUGGAAUUCGGUCGAAGCUAUAUAAUCUUGGUCGAGAUUUCAAAUGGUAGCUGACAGCAACUUUUAGGAGCCUGCAAAUCGGUUCAAGCCCGAAAAUCUCGGUCGAAGCUUCUCGCACAUAUUAUUCCAGAAACUGAUUUGGGAUUUGGGCGUGAGCAUCGAGCGAAGGUUCAUUGAUUGGGGCGAAGUUUGCGAAUAACUUUACAAACAUCAAAAAUUCAUUGUAGUAUAAUUCACAAAAGUGACUUUAAUUAAAGCAAAGCUGCUGAUUUGCUUUAGUAUUCACAAGUAUAGAUUAUAGUAGUCCAUAUCCUUUAGACCUAAUUUUUCAAAUUUCUGUUUUCUGUUUAUCAUUUUAGAUCCCUUGUUUUUCCCACCAAAAUGCUAAUAUCUUCAACCUCCAUAAAUCUCUGUUCUUUACCCACCAUUUUUUCUCUUUGUAACAAACUCAAGAAACCCAGAAAAACCAAGAAACAAAAACGUAAUAGUAAUCAACUUCUUAUAAGUCCCAAUAAAGGCAAUAAUCUUUCAUUGCCAGCUUCAAUUUCAACUCCUCUUCUCCCAAUAAACCAAGUUCCGCAUAAUCAAACCAAAAUCCAAGCUCUUGAUGCAGUUGUUCGCGAUCUUGAAGAAGCAUCACUCAAACAUGGAGUAACUGUUGAUACUCAAACCUUUUGUUCCCUUCUUGAGAUGUGCUUUCAAUUGAAGGCAAUUGAGCAUGGAAUUCGGAUACAUCGCUUGAUACCAUCAAAAAUUUUGUGUAAAAAUGUUGGGGUUGUCUCGAAAUUGCUUAGAUUAUAUGCUUCAAAUGGCCGUGUUGAGGAAGCACACCAACUGUUCGAUGAAAUGCCUAAUAGAGAUGAGUCUGCUUUUGUUUGGAAUUCUCUUAUUUCUGGGUAUGUAGAGUUGGGAAUGUUUGAGGAUGCACUUGCACUGUAUUUUCAGAUGGAAGAAGAGGGUGUGGAGCCUGAUAAGUAUACAUUUCCUCGCGCUUUGAUGGCUUGUAGUGGAAUUGGGUUGAUUCGUGUUGGGGAGGAACUUCAUCGACAUGUUGUUCGUUGUGGAUUUUAUAAUGAUGUUUACGUGUUGAAUGCACUUGUAGACAUGUAUGCUAAAUGUGGUGAUAUAGUGAAAUCUAGGAAUGUUUUCGACACGAUUCGUUCUAAGGAUUUGGUUUCAUGGAAUUCAAUGAUUUUAGGGUAUAUUCACCAUGGACUUUUAGCCAAAGCAAUGGAGAUUUUCCACAAUAUGGUCAAAACUGGAUUGGAGCCUGAUCAUGUUACAACAUCAACAAUUAUCUCUAGAAUUUCAGUGUUUAUAAUUGGAGCCCAAAUGCACGGAUGGGUUAUUCGUAGAGGUCUAAAUCGGAGCUUGCCUAUCGCAAACUCUUUGAUCGUUUUCUACUCUAACCACAGCCAUCUGGAUCAAUGUCAAUGGUUGUUUGCUCAAAUGCCAGAAAAGGAUAUUGUCUCGUGGAAUUCGAUCAUUUCUGCACAUCGAAAUGACCCUCGUGCAUUGACAUACUUUAAACAGAUGGAGGAGACAGGUGCAACACCUGAUGCUAUCACAUUUGUGGCUCUGCUAUCAGCUUGUGCACAGUUAGGAUUGGUGAAUGAAGGUAAAUUUUUCUUCUCAUCAAUGAUCGAAAAGUAUGAAAUUACCCCGAUCAUGGAGCAUUAUGCUUGUUUGGUUAAUCUUUACGGAAGGGCAGGAAUGAUCAAUGAAGCAUAUGAUAUUAUAUCAAACAAAAUGGAGUUUGAGGCUGGACCGACAGUUUGGGGAGCCUUGUUAUAUGCUUGUUUCCUGCACACCGAUUGUGAAACUGCUGAGGUUGCUGCUCGACACCUUUUUGAGUUGGAACCUGAUAACGAGCAUAACUUUGAACUGCUAAUAAGGAUAUAUGACAAUCUAGGUAGAUUAGAAGAUUCAGAUCGAGUGAAAAUGAUGAUGAUCGACAGAGGUUUGGAUUCAUAGAUGUCAUAACCCAUGACGAAUAUCUCACUACUUUGAAAUCUUUAAUGCACGAAUUUGUAUUUUUCACUGAUAUUUGUGAUGAAUGCAAAUUACACUCCUAAGUAUCC